AUGUCUGGGGCAAGCACGUCUCCCCUUCCUGGACCUCUGCCAUCUUCACGACCAGAGUCCAGCCCCAGCGCAAACUCCGCUACAACACCUUUAAAUAACUUCAAGAUACAGUUUUUAACCGACACAGAAAUUUCAUCAUGGGAGUCUUCUGGAAAAGCCAAAAUCCUUUCUAUUGCCACAGAGGCUGCAGAAGGUCACGAUCUGGCAACAAUCAUUGCCAUAAUACACGAAAUCAUAACAACAUGUGCAGAAGGAGUGUUACAACCACAAUACGCUAUUGAUUUUAUGAAUAUGUUACUCAGUAUGCCUCUAGAAAAUAUUGAUAAGCUCUUCCUUCACGCAUUUUCCCUCCACGAGUUAGUUGAGCCGCUCAAGAAAUUAAUCCUCUCUCUCAAUAUCGACAAGUCAUUGCUACUUCUACUGCUUGAACCAAAUACCCUCAUUGAUCUUGGUUUGACAAACAAAAUGUUUGAGCGCAAAAUUGUUCGCACAAACACAACUCUUCUUUAUAAACAAAAACGGUUCAAUCUUUUGCGCGAGGAAUCUGAGGGCUACUCCAAGCUCAUUGCCGAAAUUUAUUUGGCUGCAUACUCUAAAAACAAUCUUCAAAAAGUUGAUAGCACUGCAUCUACCAUUGUAUCACUCAUUGGCUACUUUGACCUUGAUCCCGUAAAAGCUCUCGACGUAUUUUUGGACAUUUCUGCUUCAAAUCUUGUCGCACAUUCUCAGUUUUUCAUCCAUGUUUUGAAAAAAUCCCCUUGGUGGCCAUCAAUCUCGUCAAAAGCCAACUCUAUAGAGGAUAUUGGAUCUGGCGGGAAUAGCAUGGCUGCACAACUUCUUGGAUUUAAGCUCCACUCUAUAUCUUCCUACAAUGAAGUGACUCCUGAAAACCUUUUGAUGCUCAUUGCUGUUCUCAUAAAAGAAGGAUUUUUAUCUCUUGGAGCAAUAUAUUCAUACUUAGACCCGCCAGACGAGGUCUUAAUCAAACUCUACGACCAAUGGAAAAGUGAUAUUGAAGACCGCGCUUUUAUGGCGAACUCAUCUGCUCUUGCUAUGGCAGCACCAUUAACUGACGACGCACCCCCAGAAAGUAAGUCACAAAAUCAUUCUUCAGAAACUCAAGAUCAAACCAAAAAAUCUGAUGGCACAAUAAAGUAUCCAAAUUACCAAAAGACUGGGCUUCUUCACUCUCUUCUGGCUGUCGGCUCUAUUUAUCCAGCUCUUUUUAUGCUUUCUCGCUAUCCAAAAAUUGUGGAUCCUUAUCCAGAGAUUGCGGAUCUUUUACUUAAAAUUGCCAACUAUGCCAUUGAUCCACUUUACGCUCAGCAUGGCAAACCUUUAAUACAGGAGAAUAUAAAUAUCGCUGUUCCAAAACUGAUACCCACCAGUAUUCACGACGAUUUGACACUUGCCAUACCCCACCAUGGCCAAUAUAGACGCGGGUUGGUGCCUAUUCGUCCCAUUACUGAUUCAAAUCCUCCAAAGUUUUUUUACGAACAAUGGUCUUCAGAAGUCGUUGUUGCAACUGAUUUAGAGGGUCUGCAGCGAAUUUCUGAAGUCUUUAUAAGGCUUGCUGGCCCGCUUCUUUCCAGAAACAUUGAACUUCUGGUCAAACUGUGUCGAAUCGGUAUUGCAUUUUGUCGUGAUGAACGGGAAAAUAACAGUCCUGUUUUGGAGUUUUGGAUCGAUUAUGCUCGCAAUUAUAUUCUUCCUACAAUUUCUCUUUUGGAACCCAACCCUGGCGCCAUUCAAGAAAUUUUCAAUCUAUUCCGUCUGUUCCCGUUUGAAACGAGAUAUUCCUUAUAUGGUGAAUGGCAAACAGUUGUCCUCAAAAGCUCCCCUCAUUUAAAAUUUUCUUCCUCCAAGGCAGAAAAAGACACCAAAAAUGUUCUUAAACGACUUUCCAACACUAAUGUGCGCGAAAUGAUGCGUAAGCUUGCAAAAGUAUCAUAUUCAAACCCCAUUUCAUGCUUCAAGGUCUUUAUUGGCCAAGUUGAAAGCUACGAUAAUCUUGCUAGUUUAGUCGUCGAGGCCGCUCGCUAUUUUACUGAUAUGGGUUGGGAUGUGUUUCCUUUCAUUAUUAUGAUUCAGAUGACGUCUGGUCGCGGUACACAACAAAUGGACGGUCUCAAUGACCGUAAAUGGAUUCAAUCACUUGCUAGUUUCACCGCAAAACUAUGUCGCAGAUACACCUACAUGGACCCACGACCACUUCUUUUAUUUUUACUUCGCAAGCUACAUGUCAAUGACUUGUCUUUUAUCAUUGUUUUGCGUGAGCUUAUUACACAGAUGGCAGGUAUCGCUCAACUGUCCAAUCUGACCACGGCACAAGUUGAAAGCUUGGGUGGUGGGUCUGUACUUCGUUCCAAGGUCUUUGAAGCUAUUGACGACGAGCGUGAGCUAGUGGCCAAAGCCGGACGUCGUCUUGUGGAAUCAUUCACUAGCUUGAAUAUUUUUUCUGAGCUAUUCAUCCUCUUAAACCAAAUCCAUCAGCGAUUUAUCCAUUUUGUUCCAGAGGACAAGGCCCAUGAAAAGGUCUUGGCUUCACGAUACGAUGACCUCACUCACAUUUUAAUCCAGUUUAUUGAAAUGACUACUUAUUAUCUUGAUAUUAAAGUCUUCAAGGCAAACAUGAAACCUGUUGUUGAGCUUUGCAUUGAUUAUGGGAUUGAUGUUGCUUAUGCGUUUGGAAUUUGGAGACAAUACCUUGGCGAGGAAAUUCGGGGAUUUGGUCCUUCUAAUGCUGACAGCAAGGCAGAACCUGGUGAGCUUGAGCAUUGGCACCCAGUUUUACGGUCGCUUAUUAAGGAUAUUUACAAUCUUUAUCCCGAAGAAGAGUGGAAGCACCUCAAACCUGGAUUUUUCGUUACAUUCUGGCAAUUAUCUCUUUACGAUAUUCAAUGCCCAACUGAAAAAUAUCAACAAGCAGAGGUCAAAAUCAAGGAGAACAUUGCCACUAUCGCCGACCGAAUCCGGUCUGCAGAAAGCUCCAAUAGUAGAGAAAUCAAUCAAACAGCCAAGCAGUAUCGUUCUCAACGUGACCAACUGUCUCAGCAGCUUUCAAAGCUUGUUGAAGAGAGCCAACGUCACGCCCUUCAUUUUGGAAACUCCAAGGCCCGUCUGCGCAAAGAAAAGAUUCAUUGGUUCAAUUAUGACAACGACACGAGUGUAGUCAACAAGGGUUCUUCACUGCGCCAAUCCAUCACCAAACAAAUUUUAGCGAAGUGCAUUCUGCCACGUGCAUUGACUUCGCCAAUUGAUGCCAUUUUCUGUGCUCGCUUUGCCCAGCUCUUGCACUCAAUUGGUACCUAUAACUUUUCUUCGUUGACAUUUUACGAUCAGUUAUUUUCCGAUGGCAUUCUCUACGGCACAUUGCUGACAUGCACUUCCUACGAAGCUGAGAACCUUGGCCUUUUCUUGUCGGAACUAUUUGCUAAGCUCAUGCAAUGGCGCGAGAAUGAAAAAGUCUAUGAAGAUGAUGGUCUGGGAAAGCACUACGUUGACGAUAAGGUGACAUUUUUGCCUGGGUUACGUUUUAUUGACAAUGGGGAUGAGCUUAAUGAAACUUGUCUUUUGGACCAUAAAAAUUUCAAAACGGCUUUGGAAAAAUGGAACAGCUGUACAACUCGUGCAAUUGUAGAUUGUCUCAAAAGUGACGUUUACAUGCAUCGCCGUAACGCCAUUACUCUAUUGCGCAACAUGAUUGAGGUGUUUCCAGCCAUCACUACCCAGGGUUGGGAAAUUACUAAUGCUAUGGAGAGAAUAUCCAAAAAUGAAGACCGCGAGGAUCUUAAACUUGCGGCCAACGCACUCCUGGUACACCUCAUGCGCCGCUCCAAGUCUUGGAUUGAAAUGUAUGACUUUAUGGUGGUCAGUGCUGAGCGUCGUGAACAGCUCAUCAAGCAGUCUGCUGAAGCCAAGCGUGAGCGUGAAAAGAAGAAGCGUGGAACCAACAAAUCUUCCUCAUCAUUGCCCAGCAAUGUAAUCUCGUCUACUACCUCAACAGCUGUAACAGUGCCUUCAUCUACAGCUCAUUUGCGUCGUGAUUCGCGGUCCAUAUUGCCUGCAGCUGUGCGUCGCGAGGAAAAGUCGUCUACACCCAGUUCACUUCCAGCGUCGUUACCAAAGAUUCCUUCAGGCCCUCGUCGCAGUGACGACUCUCGUGGACCAUCCGAGUCUCGCAGUGGUCCAGCCCAUGGUGCUACGGAGGCUGCAUCACGUCAAAUACAAGGCCGUGAAAGCAGAUAUCCACGCACAGGACGUCCUGCCGAGAAUGGCCGAGCCUACCACUCAACAGCCUCAGAUUCCAAGGCUAGAAAUAGCGGAAAUACCAAUGGAAGCGGAGGAGCUGGAAGUGGUAAUAACAGCAAGGCUUAUGAUGACAAGCGGAGCCCAUUGCCAUUCAGUGGACAAUCAGUGCCAGAUCGACGUGGCGACGAAAAUCGGUCAAGAUCUGGCCGUGCGACGCCCGAUAACCGCGCUAAUGAUGAUAUACGGUCAUCGGGUGGCAGUGGAAGCAACAAAAAGCAGGAUUCUGAGGAACCGAUACGCUCGAAGAGCAAUUUGAGACGAGAGACGUUGGUUUCUGAAGAUAUUAAAGAGCAGCGCAAGGAGGAUAGUCGACUAUCGAGUCGUCUUAAGGAGGAUUCUGGACCUGCUGCACGGUUUAAUAGCCGCACGUCGCGCGACUCUCCUCGAGACUCUCGGGACUCUCGGGACUCUCGUGAUUCUCGGGAUUCCCGUGACUCCCGUGACUCCCGUGACGCGACACCCAAGGGUAACGAAGACGAGCGCAAUGCGAGCCGGCGGGAGCGAGAAAGUGAGCGCGAACGCCGAAACAAGGAACGUGAGCGCGAACGUGAAAAAGAUCUGCGGAUGCGUGAUCGUGAACGCGAGCGUGAACAACAUAAUCGUGAACGUGAGCGUGAGCGCGAGCAUGAGUUGAGGGAGCGAGAUCGUGAUCGUGAUCGCGACAGAGACCGCAGUGGUGGUGGUAGUGGAGGCGGGUUUGCAAAACCGUUGCCGGCUCGUGGAGGUGGAGGUGGAGGCCCCAAGCAGUCGAAACAGGGCGAUCGUGGAAACAAUAGUCGUCCUGGAAGCGGCGGAAACAACGGGCCAGGAGGAUCUAACAGCAAGUCUGGCGGCGGUAGCUCGUCUUCAGGUGCAUUUUCUCAGGAAAACAAGGCUCGUGGUAGUGGCGGCAGCAACAUUAGUGGAAAUGGCGGAGGUGGUGGAUCUCGAGGAUCAGAUGUGCGAGGUCCAUCCGACGAACGCGGGGGGAACCAAGAAAAGCGGUUUAGUAGUGGAGGCAGUGGAGGCAGUGGAGCGCGACGAGGUGGAAGCAACAGUAAUAGCAGCGGUCCUAAUUCUGGAGCUUCUGAUCGCCGCGACUACGAAAGCAGUGGACGCGGCGGUAGCAGUAGUGGUAACGGGCCUAGCGAUUCAUCCUCGUCACAAAACUUGCCGCCACAAGUUCCGCUAGGACCUGAUCGCGAGAGGCGAGGCAAUAACGCGGACCACCGUCGUGGAGGAAGUAACAACGGCAACAACAGCGGCGGCGGCAGCGGUGGUGGCAAUGGAGGAGGUAGUGGCGGCGGCAAUGCACGCAAGGGUGGCAGUAACAAUGGGCCUGCACGGGAGCGUGGUGGUGGCGGAGGACCCAGCGGUGGUAGUAGUGGGAACCUGCGGGAGUUUGGACCACGCGGCGGCAGUAACAGUGGAGGUGGUGGCGGACGCGGACGCGAUGACGGCGAGCGCGGGCGUCAUGGGCCUCGCGAUGACCGCGAUGACCGGCGCAGUGGGAACGGGCCAAGUGGAGACUCUGGAAGCCACGGCGGACGCAAACAUAUGCGGAGCGGUGGUGGCAACAAUGGUGACCGGGAGUCUAGCGGCGGUGGUCCCGACAAGCGUCGUCGGAUGAAGCGAUAA